AUGAUGCACCUCAAUUCUUCUUUCUGGCACCUUUGGCUUCUUUCCCUUUCUCUUGCUUCGGCCCUAUCUGUCCCUCAGAAGACUCUUGCUGAAUCUCCCGAAGAUGCGGUCUCCGAGCUGACCCAGCACAUCGCCAUUGAUGAUGUUGAGUUCAAUAUAACCGACUACACAUCGCCGGAUGAGUGGAACCCUACUAAUUGGGACUACGACGUUGUCAUCGUUGGUGGUGGCCCUGGCGGCUUGGCUGCAUCCAUGUCUCUCGCGCGAGUUGCCCGAACAUCUCUCUUGUAUGAUUCGCAAGAGUACCGGAAUGAGCAGACACGGUACAUGCACGACGUUCUGGGCCAAGACGGGCAAGUGCCACUGAAGUUUCGAACUGCAGUUCGACGGCAAAUCGAUGAAUUGUACCCUGAUUAUUCCUUCUGGGCCACCCGCAAGACAAAGGUCACCGGCAUUAUUCCCCUCGAGAAGGGUUUCCGUGUCUAUGACGACAAAGGCGGAAAGGUUACGGCUAAGAGGGUCAUUAUGGCUACUGGUAUCAAGGAUGUCCUACCGAAUAAGGUGGGCUUUGCGGAAGCUUUUGGAAGGGGCGUGUUUUGGUGUCCCUGGUGCGAUGGUCACGACUACAAGAACCGCAAAAUGGUCGUUUAUGGCAAGCUUGUGAGCGCCAUUGGGUCUGCCCUGAACAUGAGAAAGCUGACCACCGAUAUAACCAUCGUGACCGGCGGACCAAUUACAAAGGAGGACAAGGCAGAGGCAGAUGCACGCUGGCCAGGCUGGGAAACCGUAAUCAAAAACAUCUACAAGAUCCCCAUCCGGGAGAAUGAUAUCAACAAGCUCGAACCCACCACGACCAACAUGGAGCCCAAGGACGACGAGUAUAAAGUCUACCUGAAUGCUGGUAGCCCCAACCCUUUGGUCACAAACGGAAUGCUCAUCUCCGUACCUACUACUCAGACAUCCACCCUUCACAAGCAGCUACGCUUGGAGAUGGAUGGAAAAUCGGUCAAGGUCAAGUCCAACAUGGAGUCAAGCGUCGGGGGCAUCUAUGUUGUCGGCGACGCCAACAACGACAACUCUACCAAUGCGUACCACGCCAUGUGGUCGGCCAAGCGGGCGGCUGUCAGUGCCCACGUCUCUAUGUCCAAGCAGGAAUACCUAGACUUAGUUCCUGCAGCUAUGGUGGCGGCGGCGGGAGGAGAUGAAGACUUCUACCGUCUCCAGAUCGAGGAUCUGGAAAGUCAGAUUGGCGAGGACGUUGAGCAGAUGUACAAGGCGCUCGGUGGUUGA